GGCGUUCAUAAGCAGAGCUACGAAAUAGAGUAGUGCCAUUUAAGUGAGUCAUCUAACGGCGUGACCUGUAGAAGUAGCUCUGAACUUCACUUUGUCGCCAAAAUCAGUUCAACAAAGUCCAUUGCGGCACACUCAUCACUGCCGUGAGUCACUGCUAUAGGAACAGGACUAAACUACGAGAGCACCGGGUUCACUGAAGAAAAGUAGGUGCUUCACAGUUUUGUUUUUUGUUUUGUUUUUUCAUUUUCAUCCGGUUCUAGUAGAACAUCUCGGUAGCGAUGAUUAUAAGGCAUUAGUUACACAGGAGCAUCUAUUUAUUGGACUAUUAAAAGGCAACAUAAAUUGGGAGUGCAGACUUUUUUAAUAAUAAAGUAUUAUUCCUGGAUUUAUCAUUUUAAAAAGUAUUUUGGAAUAUCAUUUUAGAUUAGGUAUAAAGGAAUCCCUUUGCUUGGAAGUGAUUUUUUUUGCCACUGAAGACACUGGUCGUCUGGGAAUUCAUUUUCAUCCAUCUGAAAUUUCCUCCUCUUUCCCUGGAUCAUGUACCAGGAUUACACCGGGACAUACGACACAUCCUCCCGCGGCAGCAGCAGCUCACCGGCGCACCCGGACACCAGCCCCAUCCCCGCCUCCAGUUACCAGAAGUACCGAAUAGACAUGCCUGGCUCUAGCAGUGCCUUUAUUCCAACAAUCAAUGCCAUAACUACCAGUCAGGACCUGCAGUGGAUGGUUCAGCCCACAGUAAUUACAUCUAUGUCUAAUCCGUACUCGCGGCCUCACCCGUACGGCCUGUCUGUGUCUAGUGGGCCAAGCCUCCUCGGUCACACAGCCCUCACACGGCCUGGGGUCAUCCGCUCCAUUGGCGAUGCCCGUGGUCGACGCAAACGAGAUGAGCAGCUCACCCCAGAGGAAGAAGAAAAACGGCGAGUUAGACGAGAAAGAAACAAACUAGCUGCAGCAAAAUGUCGGAACCGCAGAAGAGAGCUGACCGAGAUGCUUCAAGGGGAAACAGAGAAGCUAGAAGAAGAGAAAGCUGACCUCCAGAAAGAAAUCGAAACCCUGCAGAAGGAAAAGGACAAGUUGGAAUUUAUGUUGGUGGCCCACAACCCUGUGUGCAAACUGCCGCCCGAAGAACGCCACCAGAGCUCACAUUCCCAGCAGUGCGUGCCCCUCCCCCUGACCAUGCGCUCUAAUCUGGUUCCCCGUGGGCCAAUGAACACCCUCAACCCAGUGGUGGUUAAACAGGAGCCUUUGGAAGACGACGAUGAUGACGAGGAUGAUGACGACGAAGAAGAAAAAGUCCAGCAUUCAGUCAUCAAGCCCAUCUGCUUAGGCGGCGGCAUGUAUUGCUCUGAUGGAGACAGCCUCAACACGCCUGUGGUUGCUGCUUCUACACCGGUGUCCACCCCAAACAACCCAAGUCUCAUCUUUACUUAUCCCAGCAUGCUCGAGCCUGAGAGCCCAUCACCCUCGUCAGAGUCCUGCUCUAAAGCCCAUCGCCGCAGCAGUAGCAGCGGUGACCAGUCCUCAGAUUCCCUAAAUUCUCCCACCCUGUUGGCUCUUUGAAGGAAAUUUUGACAUUGCUCAGCUGGGAUUUGAGUCAGAACUUCACAUCAAGUUGAGAACUCUUAAGGGCUAAUUUGCUCUUUUUAUUUAAACGUUUCAAUUUUUUUUUUUCGGUCAGUUGUUGUUUAAAUGUACAUGCAAAUUCCACUCGCUGUAUUAAUUACAAAUUGUGGUGAGGUUUUGUGAUGAAGGUAAAGCCAGAGGAGAGAUCGCAUCUUUCAUCUUUAGCAUAAGACUCAGAGCAGGUUGCGGUCAGAUGUUUGAUUUAAAAGAUCAAAAAUUUAUUUGUUUUACUAGCUUGAUAAUGCUGGGUACACACACACAUACACACACACUGGUAAUCAGGAUGAUUUUGGGCCCAUUUCUCCCCUUUUUGACAAUCUAAAGUAACAUCUUAUCUCGAUGGUUCAAAAGUAUAUCUUAAAAUUUCCUGUGGUGUGAGGUGUAUUAAGACUUAAUCUGCACAGAAGAACAUCUCCGAUUGGGAAUCAUAUAAUAUUUACAAUCAAAAUCCCGAUGUGUGGAAGUAACCCUGAGGAGAAACGCACAUACGAACUGGAGAUCAUCACAUGAAACAAAACAAUAUCCAAUCAGAAAGCAAGCUGGCAGAAGAGGGCAGUAUAAUAAAUAAGCACAGUCAUGGCGGAGCACAAAAAAAACCCGAUUUGCACAGCAGAAAUGGAAGAUCAGCUUGUAGAUUUAUGCCGAUAAAUGAUGAUGUUUAUGCAGUUAUUUGUCCAUCAUGUUUGUUCUCUAAUCUCAAGAGAUUUGAAAAAAUAACGAUCUGUUGGUGUGUGGUGUGCUGUCUGGUGAGCUUAGAAUCACCAAGAGGCGACACUCGAUAGAACUUUCCAUUGCAACAGCCUUGCAAUUCCACCAUUUUGGAGUGAAAGUGAUCGGCCGUCCAUUGGAUCUUAUUGCUGUUGCGAUGGCAAGCAGCUGCUUUGUUUUUUAGUUAUUUAUUUGUUUUAAAAAGUGCAUUAAAAGCUGAGAUACAACCUGAAAGAUGAAAAUACAACACUUACCAUCACAAUCAUUAGCACUUUAAAUAGUUUAAAGACGUUGCUGUUGUUCUAUUAGAGUUUUCAUUCCAAAAUGGCCACUGCGUGACACUAGCAGCAUCUAGUGGCUGUUUCCCAAAUCGCACUAGAGUGUCGCCUCUUGGCGAUUCUAUGCUCUUUGCUCACGACAUGCCACACACUAUGCGAACAAAACAGUGAAAGCUAAACAUUUUCAACACAAUCUCAUAGCAAUUCAUAACUUUUUGAUUUGGAGAUGCUGCAUGACUUGAAAAUAUAUUGAUCUGUUAGUGUGUGGCGUGCAGCGAGACAGCACACUAUACACCAUGCAAACAAAAUGGUGAAAUCUAAAAAUGUUCGUAACUUGGGUCAAUUUGUAACUUUGAUUUAGUGGAAGAUCAGCUUGUAGAUUUAUGUUGAUAAAUGAUGUCGAUGUUUAUUCAGUUAUUUGUCCACCAUGUUUGUUCUAUAGCCUCAAGAAAUUCUGCAAGAUUUGAAAAAUUAACGAUCUGUUGGAGUAUAGUGUGCUGUCUCACGGCAAGCCACACACUAUGCGAACAAAACAUUGAAAUCUAAACAUUUAACAAUCUCAUGGCAUUUCAUAACUUCUUGAUUUAGUGGAAGAUCAGCUUGUAGAUUUAUGUUGAUAAAUGAUGUCGAUGUUUAAUCAGUUAUUUGUCCGCCAUGUUUGUUUUCUAGUCUCAAGAGAUUCUGCAAGAUUUGAACAGUUGUAUAUCUGUUGGUGUAUAGUGUGCUGUCUCACUGCACACCACACACACUAUACGAACAAAAUAGUGAAAUCUAAAAAUGUUCAUAAUUUGGGUCAAUUCGUAACGUUUUGAAUUAGUGGAAGAUCAGCUUGUAGAUUUAUGUCGAUAAAUGUUGAAUUUUGUUCUAUAGUCUCAAGAGACGCUGCAUGAUUAGAAAAAUGAACGAUCUGUUGAUGUAUAGUGUGCGGUCUCACGGCACUCCACACACUAUGCGAACAAAACGGUGAAAUCUAAACAUUUUCAACAAUCUCAUGGCAAUUCAUAAAUUUUUGACAAAGUGGAAGAUCAGCUUGUAGAUUUACGUCGAUAAAUGAUGUCAAUGUUUAUUUAGUUAUUUGUAGAGAUUCUGCAAGAUUUGAAUAGUCGAAGAUCUGUUGGUGUAUGGUGUGCUGUCUCACGGCUCACCUCACAAUACAAACAAAACGGGUCAAUCUAAAAAUGUUCGUAACUUGGGUCAAUUUGUAACUUUUUUGAUUUAGUGGCUAGUUAUUAUUUCUUUGUAUGAUCUCAUUAGUUCUUAGUACAACUUUCUCAUUUAGGUUUAGGUGUGGAUUGGGGGCACACAUCCCUUUAAAAAUCAUACGCAAGAUCAAUUCCGUAUGAAUUAGACACUUUUCUGAUAAUACGUUACGUUUCCUCAUAAGAUUGGGCUGGAUUUUUUUUGUCCUUGUGUGUGUGGUCUCUUAUAAGAUUUCAAUAAAAUCAUCUUUUAGUGUGUACCCAGCAUUAUUAGAGAGUGGGACUGCUUGAAAAAGUCUCAAUAGGUACAGAAUCAGGACACUAGCAUAGAUAGCUGCCCUAAAAACAUCAUCACCUUUUGUAUUUGUACGUCUGAAUAUUGUCGCAUUGUAUUUUGUGCCCUGCUGUUUUUAAUAUUUAGGGUUCACUGGAUGAGCCUGACUGCUAAAUGUUGAAAGAACCAACUUGUAUAAUAAAACGAUGACCUUUGUCGAUAUUUUGUUUAUGCGCGCAAGCACUAAGGAUAGAUUGCCAAAUUUACAUAGCUUUUGUUAUGUAAAGUUAACAAACAAACAAAGAAAAAAAAAAACACUUUAUAGCAUCAGCAAAUCUACUGUCAGGGAUUUUCUUCUGUGUCAGCGAGCCAUACAAGCAUUACUAGAAGCAAUUGCACACAGAACAAUAUAACAGUACAUGAGGGAAACUAGCCAUAUUGGGCUCUGCCUCCAACCCUGACAUGGCAAUACUGCUUUUGUAUUGGUGCACACUGUGGUUUUCAAAUAAAGAUAGCAAACUAUAUAUUACUUUUAUAAUAUGUAUGUUUAUGUCAGCCCCUUUUCAGGGUGCAGUUUGUAUGAAUAUGUAUCUAUGAACUCUUCUCCCUGAAACACUGGUUGGCACUGAUUACUGCACUUUGUUGCAAACUUACAAUCAAAUAAAACACCGUUCCUUGUGAUGAUUGAUAAAACAUGGAAAGCAAAAUGACAAAAGGUGGGCGUUGUGCAUCAGACACUGAAUAAAUAUACAAAUUGCAAUUGGAACGGAGACUGAACUUCAGAGAGGUUACUGUUACCGCAGUAACGUAAGGUGAAAUAGAGUAUUUAUUGAACAGAAACUGAACUCAAUAGUGGCCUCUACUUGAAGGACUUUGUUUCGAAGGAUCCAAGAAAAUGUUAGUGUUUGUUAAAAACAAGGAUGAGUGAUAUGUCCCACCCUCCAAAAAGGAAACUGUUUAAAGACUGUGCUGUAAACUGUUCUCUGUUUGUCUUUGAACCUUGUGUAAUUUGAGGAAGCCACCUAUACAGCUUUCUGCACAUGUACUGCUUAUCAGUCAAUGUAUUUUCUCUCUCCCUGUCUGUCUCUUUCUCUCUCUUUUUUAUUGCUUUAACUGUUGUUGAAAGACAGAAAAACAACCUACAAAAACAGCAAUAUGUGUUUGUUUCUUUGGUAAUUUAAAUUUAUUAUAAUGAUAAUAAUAAUAAAAAAAAACAUUUACAAAGUGUUAUUUUUGGAUAGUUGUACUUUGCUGUGCACAGUGUUUGGGUUUUCUGGAUAUUUCAUUGUUACGAUGUGGUGCUUGUUUCUUUACGUCUGUUACAAGAUGGUAGAAUGCACCUGCUUUAUGCAUCAUACAUCACUCAUUUCUGCCCAUCGUUUUUAAAAUGCCCUUAUAUUAAUUUGUGAAAUGACACCAUCAUUGCAAUAAAAGUCUUGAUAAUAAUAAUAAUAAUGACAAUAUAACACAUCAAAAAUAAGUUUUUUGUUUUGAUAUAAAUACAUACAAUCAACAUAAUAUAAAUGCUGUUGAUGAAGUAAAGGAAACGGGAAGCACUUUAUGCAAAACAAAACAUGCUAAUGGUAAUUAAUGCCAAUUUGGGCACACAUUAUACUAGAUUGUUUACUUUCACACAGUACAUUUCAAAUCACAUCCAAACUGAUGUUUCGAUUAAAGGUGCAUUCUUUAUCUUGCAUUAUUUUGAGAAAAAAAAAGACCCAUUGUCUCAUUUCAACUGAUCAAAUUUUGUAAUGAUUAUGUGCAAGGUUGAAAGUUAUUUGCCAAGUUGAAAUUUUGGUAAGAAAUAAAUCAGUUUCAAGAACA